AGAGAUUUCUGAGUAUUUGUUUUGUCACCGCGUUAGCGAAAAGAAAAUUCCGCGGGUCACUUGACUGUUUGGGAAUAAUGUCGGGCAAUGUUGGGAUGGAACAGCUUAUCCCGUUGGUUAACCGGCUGCAAGAUGCGUUUUCCUCAUUAGGAGUCCCACUUAAUUUGGAUCUGCCCCAGAUCGCUGUAGUCGGAAGCCAAAGCGCAGGAAAAAGCAGUGUUUUGGAAAAUUUCGUCGGUCGAGACUUUCUCCCUCGUGGAAGUGGGAUUGUCACACGCCGACCUUUGGUCUUGCAACUAAUCAAUUCGCGCAACGAAUAUGCUGAAUUCCUACACUGUAAAAACAAGCAGUUUACAGACUUUGAUGAGGUUCGCAAGGAAAUAGAAGCGGAGACAGACAGGCUAACUGGAAGUAACAAAGGAAUUUCCAACACCCCUAUUAAUCUUCGUGUUUACUCUCCCAAUGUUCUCAACUUAACUCUGAUUGACUUGCCUGGAAUGACUAAAGUUCCUGUCGGUGAUCAACCUCUAGAUAUUGAAGUUCAAAUUAGAUCAAUGAUUUUGGAAUUUAUUACGCAGGAAAAUUGUUUAAUUUUGGCUGUUUCCCCCGCGAAUUCCGAUUUAGCUAAUUCAGAUGCAUUAAAGUUGUCCAAAGAAGUAGACCCUCAAGGUUUGCGAACAAUAGGAGUAGUAACAAAGUUGGAUUUAAUGGAUCAGGGUACGGAUGCUCGAGAAAUCUUGGAAAACCGUCUUCUGCCACUUAGAAGAGGCUAUAUCGGUGUGGUUAAUCGUAGUCAGCGGGAUAUUGAAGGUCGUAAAGAUAUUAAAGCUGCUUUAGCAGCUGAAAGAAAAUUCUUUCUAAGUCAUCCAUCUUAUCGUCAUAUGGCUGAUCGAAUGGGAACACCAUUUUUGCAAUCUACAUUAAAUCAACAAUUAACUAAUCAUAUUCGAGAUACUUUACCUGGUCUAAGAAAUAAACUCCAAUCACAAAUGCUAGCUAUGGAAAAAGAAGUUGAAGAAUAUAAACAUUACAAACCUAGUGAUCCAUCUUUUAAAACUAAAGCUUUGCUCCUAACAGUACAAAGUUUUGAAAAAGAUUUUCAUCAUGCAAUUGAUGGAGGAGGUUCUGAAAUAGAUACAAAAACGUUAUCUGGUGGCGCAUUAAUUAAUCGUAUAUUCCAUGAGCGUCUACCAUAUGAAAUGAACAAGAUCGAAACUGAUGAAGAAGAAUUACGGAAAGAAAUAAGUUACGCCAUUCGUAAUAUACAUGGUAUUAGGACUGGAUUAUUCACACCUGAUUUAGCUUUCGAAACUAUAACCCGCAAACAAAUUGAUAAAAUGAAAAUACCGUCAUUGAAAUGUGCUGAUUUAGUUGUGGCUCAAUUGACUGAAAUUGUACACGCAUGUACUGCACGUAUGGAGAAUUUUCCACGUUUAAGGGAAGAAACAGAGCGUAUUGUAAAUCAAUGGAUUCGUGAAAGAGAAAUUCGUGCCAGAGAUCAAAUUGUACUGUUAGUUGACAUACAGUUAUCCUAUAUGAAUACCAAUCAUGAAGAUUUUAUUGGUUUUGAAAGGAAUUCUCUCAUACAUACGCCGCUAUGUAUAUUACGUGCAGAACAACAGUCGUCAGAAGUAGCAAAAAAUAAACCUGGAAAUAAGGUAAUUCGUAAAGGUUGGUUAUCUUUGCAAAAUGUUACUUUGCUUCGUGGAGGUAACAAAGAUUUUUGGUUUGUAUUAAAUACUGAAUCAUUGACCUGGUACAAAGAUGAUGAGGAGAAAGAAAAGCGUUAUGUCCUAUUAUUGGAUGGUUUAAAAAUACGCGAUAUUGAAACGGGAUUUUUCGGUAAAAAGCAUGCUUUUGCACUAUUUUAUCCGGAUAAUCAUAAUGUCUACAAAGACUAUAAACAAUUGGAAUUGUGUGCUGAAUCAGCUGAAUUAGUUGAUUCAUGGAAGGCAUCAUUUUUGCGUGCUGGUGUUUAUCCAGCUAAAACUAAAUCGGAAAAAACGGAGCAAUCUGACACUUCAUCACUUGAAUCCAGUGAGCCUCAGCUGGAACGUCAAGUAGAAAUUAUACGAAAUCUAGUCGAUUCAUACAUGAAAAUUGUGAUUAAAACGCAGUUAGAUUUGGUACCAAAAUUGUUAAUGCAUAUGCUUGUUAAUGAGAUUAAAUCCUUCUUAAAAGGUGAACUAUUACCAAAUUUAUAUCAAGCUGGUGACUUGAAUUCCUUAAUGUCUGAAUCAUUGGGGGUUCAACAAAAACGCGAUGAAAUGGUCCGCGUUUAUGAUGCUAUGAAAGAAGCGUUGAAUAUUAUAAGUGAAGUGUCUAUGUCCACUGUAUCAACACCAAUUCCACCGCCAGUCAAUGAUGACUGGUUACAGAGUGAUAUUCCAGGCGGUUUAACUGCUCCGGGAUCUACAGGUACACUUCCUCCUCCUAGUCCAACAGCUAAUCGUCGUCCACCAGCACCACCUCCUCCUGGUGGAUGGAAUUCUACAAGUAAUACGGGUUCAAUCAAAGGCUCUGGUCCCAGGCAAGUACCAUCAGUUCCUGCUAAAACAAGUUCUGGACAACUACCUUCUCCAUUGAUUCCGCAACGGUUAUAUCCAGCUGACAUGUUCUCGAUCGUGAAAGAUUCCAAUUCUCCUGGAUUAAUUAAUUCUAUGACAAGUUUUCCACUAGUACCACCAUCCAUUCCUGCGCGUCGUUGAUAUACCUAUUAGAUGUCGUUGAUAAAUCACAUCACUCAAACACUGUUAUCAGAAUCCAUUAAUGCAAUUAUUUAUUCUUAAAAUCAAUAUUACAUUUUCUUCUAAUAAUAAUAUUAUAUUUGUGAAAAACAAUUUCAGUUGGUGACAAGUUAUGUCAAACAAUUAUACAUUUCAAUGUGUUACAUCAGUUAACUUACAUGCGAACCUCCGUGCACAUGGACACAUUCAUAUAUAUAUCAAAUUUAUGAAGCUUGGUUAAUAACCAAGCUGUUUUGAUGCAUAAUAACAAAUAUUGUUGUAUACUUCAUAAAUUAUUCUUAUUGUUGUAUUCAAUCUCAUUCAACAUUAUCAUCAUCAUAUUCCUUACCGUCUUCAACUUUAUCCUUCAAACCAUAUAUUUACACAGUAGUAUACGGUUACACUAUUGAUCUUUUAUUUAAAAUUCUGUUUGUAAUUAUAUUACAGUUGUUAUUCCUUUAUCACUAUUAUCAUUACCUAAAAUCCAUACUACAUUUAUUACCAAUUUAUGGUAAUGUUAACGAUAAGUAUAAUAUUACUUAUGAUUGGUUUGGAAAAUAUUAUUAUUCAUUCCUUGUUCUUUGUGUUUUUAUUCAUUCGUUAAUUAAUUGAAAUAUGUUGUGAUGGAGGAUUACUAUUUAUUUUGUAGAUAUUUCCUUCAUUUUGUCUUAAGUUAAUUAUUUAAUGGUUUUUUUUUAUAUUGACUGGGAUAUUGUUGUUAAUCAUAAGGCGGUAUAACUUAUAUUUUAGCAAAGAUUAUUAGAAAUCAAAUUGUCUUUUAAAUAAUGGAUAUACAUAUAUUAAAACUUAUUAUUUGCUUUCAGAGAACUAUGUAUAUAGUUUGUCCACACAAAAAAAAUGCAAAUUAAGAUAUUUAUGUUAUUAAUUAUGAAUUUAGG